CGACGCGGGGGGCUAGUUUGUCGUCAUGACCUGUGUGGUUGUGACGCGAAAUUGGGUUAACGCACGGAAAGGAGAUUAGACUUCAAUUAGAAAUGGUUCCGUUGGUUGGUUGAUAUUUCAAAUGUGUUCUGGAGGUUGCCAGUCUGCGUAAACCACUUUAAAACCCUCCUUGCGAUUCGAUAUCUGUCUGGGAAAUUGGAUUAAUACAGGACCGAUCAAAUAAUGAGCAACAAUAGCGACUAAAAAAAUAAUCUCAGGGGGUUUGUUAUAAAGAGGAACCUGCGACUUGGCACCGCAGACCCCAUCUCUGUCCCUAUCUGUCUCUCUCUCUCUCUCUCUCUCUCUCUCUCUCUCUCUCUCUCUCUCUCUCUCUCUCUCUCUCUCUCUCUCUCUCUCUCUCUCUCUCUCUCUCUCUACAACAUUUCCAUGAGGUCAGAAAGGAUCGCCUGCGCUUUGCGUUGAAGCGCGUAUUGCGCUCUUCGGUUGAGGAGGCACUGCGGGUUCCUGCAUAAUCCGGGAGGUGUGCGUGUGUUUGCGUGCGUGUGUGUGUGUGGUGCUCUACCUGUGGACGGCAGAAUCACGGAAGGACACAUCGAGACGAGCGGGGCAACAGACAGUGCGCACACUGCGUUUCGGUUCGGGUCUUUUCUUUCCAGCAGGGUAUAUUUCGUGUCAACCUACCCGCUUGGAUUUGGGUGAGUAAAGGCUGAUAGCUCCGGGUAGAUCCAGCUCCGGGUCGAUCCAGCCCCGCGUAGAUCCAGCUUCAGCACCGCAGCGCAGGACAGCUCCCCCGUCUACCUCGUCGACGCUGGCUUUAUUCCUUCUCUCUCUCCGCGCGUCUGGAUGGACUCUGUUGGUCUCCCUUCCUCCUGAAACCCUCCACAUCUGGCUGUAACGAUGGCUUCUCAAGGUUUUUGGUCCCUCGGUGGGGAUAACGUACCGCCGAACACUGCCGGGAGUCAAAGCCCCAGCACGCCCAGGGCUUGGUGCCAAGCGGCUGCACAGAAAUUAUCCGGAGGUCUCGGCUCGAAAUUAUGUGCCCUGCUGAACGUGGCCGAGAUGGAGAAAACGUCCUCCGAGUUGCCCACCAAGCCGCAGGAGACCCCGGCGGCGCCGUGCGACUGCAAUAAGCCCUGCAACUGCCCGAAGGCCUCGGUCCGCUUCUCCGACCUCUACUCCACAGACCUCCUGCCCGCCUCGGACGGGGACGCUAAAACCAUGAGCUUCCUGCAGGAGGUGGUGGAUAUCUUACUGGCUUACAUCGUGGAGUCCUUCGACCGGGAAACCAAGGUGAUCGACUUCCACUACCCCAACGAGCUGAUGCAGAGGAACAACUGGGAGCUGCAGGACGAGCCCGAGUCCCUGGACGACAUCCUGGUCAGCUGCCGGGCCACCCUGAAGUACGCCAUUAAGACAGCCCACCCGCGCUACUUCAACCAGCUGUCCACCGGGCUGGACAUGGUGGGCCUGGCCGCGGACUGGCUCACCUCCACCGCCAACACUAACAUGUUCACCUACGAGGUGGCACCCGUGUUCGUGCUGCUCGAGUACGUCACGCUGAAGAAGAUGAGGGAGAUCAUUGGCUGGCAGGAUGGUAGCGGGGACGGCAUUUUUUCCCCCGGUGGCGCCAUUUCCAACAUGUACGCCAUGCUGCUGGCGCGCUUCAAGAUGUUCCCUGAAGUGAAGGAGAAAGGAAUGUCAUCCGUCCCUCGCCUGGCGGCCUUCACGUCUGAACAUAGUCAUUUCUCCAUUAAGAAAGGAGCAGCAGCUCUUGGCAUUGGAACAGAGAGCGUCAUCUGCGUUAAGGCUGACCAGACUGGGAAGAUGAUCCCAGCAGACCUGGAGAGGAAAAUCCUGGAGGCUAAACAGAAGGGCUUUGUGCCAUUCUUCGUGAGUGCGACCGCUGGUACUACAGUGUACGGAGCUUUCGACCCUCUCAUCGCCGUCUCGGACAUCUGCAAGAAGUACAAUGUCUGGUUUCACGUGGACGGCGCCUGGGGAGGCAGCCUGCUGAUGUCACGACGACAUAGGUGGAAGCUGGAUGGAGUCGAUAGGGCCAACUCAGUGACCUGGAACCCCCACAAGAUGAUGUCCGUCCCCCUGCAGUGUUCCGCUCUCCUGGUCAGAGAAGAGGGUCUGAUGCAAAACUGCAACCAGAUGCACGCCUGCUACCUGUUCCAGCAGGACAAGCACUACGACCUUUCCUACGACACCGGGGACAAGGCACUGCAGUGUGGCCGCCACGUCGACAUCUUCAAACUAUGGCUCAUGUGGAGGGCCAAGGGCACUAUCGGGUUCGAGUCUCAGAUAGACAAGUGCCUGGAGCUGUCGGAGUACCUGUACAACAAGAUCAAGGAUCGAGAAGGAUACGAGAUGGUCUUUGACGGGAAGCCCCAGCACACCAACGUUUGUUUCUGGUACCUGCCCCCGGGCAUGCGCCACAUAGUGGACAAGGAGGAGAAGAACAAGAGGCUACACAAGGUGGCGCCGGUGAUAAAGGCCAGGAUGAUGGAGUACGGCACCACCAUGGUGAGCUACCAGCCCCAGGGAGACAAGGUGAACUUCUUCAGGAUGGUCAUCUCCAACCCCGCCGCCACUUUCGAGGACAUCGACUUCCUCAUCGAGGAGAUCGAACGACUCGGCCAGGACCUAUAAAACCACCCACCCCAUCGUCACCGCCCCUCCUCCCCCGCACACACUUCUUGACGGAUGAAAUAUUUGUUGUGAAUGUACUGGUAAUCUAUUUAAAUUAUUAUAUAUUUUUCCUCAAAAGUCCCAUAUUUAAAAAGUAUAUUUAAGAGAAAAACAUAUAUAUAUAUAUAUAUAUAUAUAUAUAUAUAUAUAUAUAUAUAAACAUACAUAAAUUGCAUAUUGUCGUUUUUGACCUAGGUCACCUUGGUCUUAACCCCUGUAUACAAUGCUUCUGUCUGCCUUUACUAGUGUAGCGUAGUGUACGUGGCGUGAGUUUCUAUGUACUUACUGGUGAUAUGAAACGCUUGUGCAAUAGGUGGACGAGGAAGGGAUUGCGUUUUUUUUUAAUCCCUGCCGUUGGCCGCCAGACGUCGUUCGGUGCCAAAACGUGUUUGUUGUUUUGUUGUCUCUUAUUUAAUCGUUUGGAAAAGAGAAAAGCACUUCAGCGUACCUCAGCUCAGUCUACUGCCUUUGAAUCGGUGUCAAAAACGCUUUUUUAAAAACCUUUCGGGUUUCAAGGUAAAGUUUGGUUCUCAUGAAGAGUGAACUGUUGUUUCGAAAGGACAGUUAGACAGUUUCCAUUUAGAGGAGUUCCGCCCGACAAAUGGGCGGGAAGGGAGAUGAUGAGAAAAGUGCCUAAUUGUGAUGGAGAGGAACAGGAAAUACACAAAAACAAGGUACCAAUCAGUGUUUUUCUGUGUCUUUAGUCUAAACUCUAUAAGCAGGCAUGUCUGUUUGUGUGAAUCAGCAAACUGUCGACUGACAGAAUCGCAUGCAUAUUUCGGAUGGUGACUUUAGUAUUGCAGUGCUCAUUCAUUUGACCAAAUUCCUCUCUUUCUCAACUUUGUUUCCGAGAUAGGAUUUCAUGGCUUGUGACAGCCUCGAUAUUUUUAACUAGAUGUUAUAAAUAUGUAUAUUACGAAGUAUGACAUUGAUUUGAACCUACUUUAUUCCAGGUUAACGGCUAAAGCGCAUAUCAAACUCGUCCAAACAUAGUUGUGCAUUUAGCUUUGCUUGUCAAAUAGUUCUCAUGUUAGGUGUGUAACUAUGGCUUUGAUGUCAUUCAAACUGUAUAAUCAUCAGGAAAUACAUAGAACAAGAUAGAAAGGUUAUGCUUUCUGAUAGCCAGACUGCCAAGCAAACUCAAUAGAGAAAUGGAACAUAGCAAACCAUUAAAAAGGGUUGAGUCCCCUUUCUCGUCAUACUCCUACCCAUUCAGAUUCUGUAGAGUUUGCCUUUCCGACAGACUGGUGUUUCAACCAAUCAGAUGCCUGCCUCAGAAUUGAUGAGGUCUUAUUAUUCAUAGGUUUAAGACUAGAGGUUCCACAGGCUCUCAGCAAGCUUGGAGGUCUGGCUACAUGGGAAAAAAUUAGCUUAAAUAGAUUUAUUUUUCAUUGUUGAGGGCAGGGGAUGUAAAACUAAGCACUUAUGGAAAGAUUCAUUAUCUCAAUAACGGGGAUGGGGUGUGUGUACCAUGCAUCUACUGUAUACCUGACAUCACUUGCACUAAAACCCAAAGCUCUGUAGAAACAUCUACUAACGUCACAGAUAUCCAUUUUGUUUCUGCGUUCAGACAAUAGCAAUACUCAUAUAUAAUACAGCGGCGUACUGCUACCAGAUAUAUAUACCCGGAUAUACCAACAGAAACGGUGCAUUCAAGCAUACAGUAGAAGGACGAGACAGCAGCCCUUCAGCUGUCAGAUGAUGGGUCUCUUGGUAAGGACAGAGACGGCUUUGUGGCAGCAUCCUCAUUUAGACACAAGUUAGAAAAGCACAAUUUGCCCCACCGGACAGUCAGUGUACAAUCACUUGGAACCAUAGAUUGUAAAUAGAAUUUUAAGAUGUCCUAAUAACAUAUCUUUGUGUAUACAUAGGUGUAUAUAAGAUGUAUAAGCAGAGACUAUUUGUGAGGCAUAGUAAUUCAUAUUUUCUCAAUAAUAUAUAGAUUACCUGUAUUUUCAUCCUGUUUUAAAAAACUAAACACGCCUUGUGUGUCCCUGUCUCCAGACACGUGUGGCUAUGAUAUUGUGUUUCAGGGACUUGCUUCUUAAAAAACUUAAUAAUAAGAGAAAGUGAAUUCACCUGGAAAAAAGCUCACAGGCUCUUAAAGACACUGGAGACUGGAUUGCAAGUGAAUAUGCAAAGCCAAUCCGGAGCCCUGUGUGUGUUCUUUUUGUGCACAUGUGAUGAUUUGAAAGUGUGUGCCAAUGUGAACCUUAGUGUAUUUGUAAUUGUUGUUGCCUUAGUAUUACUUGCCAGUAUUGUCUGUUUUCUGCUCAGAGGUUGUGCACUUUAAAUGUAAAACAAAACACAACCUGCUAAUGUGCGACGUCUAAUGGUUGUUCAAAGGUGGAUGUUUGGAUUUAACAGAAAAAUACGAAAUGAUGUAAGCGCAAAUCCGUGCUCUGAAUGUGCUCCUAUGGGUAUUUAGACAUGACCAUUUUGGGGAUUGAUUGAAAAAACACAUGCUUUUGUUGUUCUUUAUGGCUUUGUAGUUUGGCCACAUUGUUCCAAUGGUUGUUUUUCCACCACCACAAAGUUUAACCUAGAAUUAUAACUUGUAAAACCUGUUUUCCGAAAUGGCCUUAAUAUGUGUUGGCUAUAUCUACAUAAUUUGAUUUUCUGAAACAUUUGUCGGAGUCGUGAACCAGACAACAUCGGUCUCGUUUGAGUGUCAGAGGAUCCUGUUUUUCUGACUGCUGCUGCUGCUAAAGUCGCUUCCUUUGCACGUGCAUGCGAUGCCUUGCCUUUCCAGCUUUUGUGCUCUGACACCUCCUUUAUAUAUAUAUAUAUAUAUAUAUAAAAAUAUAUCUCUCUAUAUCUAUACGUCUACAAUAUAUAAACACUGUCUAUGUAGCUUCUUGUACUCACCUCAACGUCCUAUCAAUAGCUUGUCGCUUGUAGCUUAGAGCUAAUGUCGCUAUGGCCUUUAUCCUGUGAUAACGUGGUGUGUGUUCCUAUGGCUGUAAACCGUCUAAAGCAUGCUAACCCCGCCUCAGCUGUACAACGUAUGAACCUUCUCCCGCGCUAUAUCCGACCCUUAAACUCCUCUCUCUCUCUCUCUUUCUCUCUUCUGCUUGACGUCUGUCGCUGCUGCUCUAUGUGUGAAAUACUAUAUAAUCUACUACUCUGUGUCGUAUAAUCCCUGUUGCAUGUUCUCUUCUCUUUCCUGCUCCGUGCGUACGCGAGGUACGCAACUCUUUCGCUUCUCUUUCUCGUAACGGCGUCACCUUUCCGACCGUUUAUUAUAGGCCUGCUCGCCGCCGCUCUGCGCAUGGCGCGUCUGCCUCAACGCCGAUGUUGUCUGGUGUCACGUCAUCCGAAACAACACUCUUUUUUUCCGGAAGCCGUUCAUGUGGUGGGCUUUGGGAUGAGAGUCUGAUUCCCCAGGUUUAAUAUAUACGUAACGGCUGACAGCACAGGCCGUCAGGUCAGGUUUAAUGACGUUCUCUGAAUCACUCGUGCACCUUGUCUGCGAUAUGGUGAAAUUAAGGGUCACGUGUUCUGCAAUACUGUACGUGUAAGUUUAUCCUUAACAUUCAGUUGUCCUGAUCUAUAUGUUGCCAAAUACAUGUAUGUACUACAAAUAAAUAUUAAUGCCAAACAA